AUGAGUGACCAUUCACAAUCGCAAAAUGAAGAAGACGAAGAAAAUUAUUAUAACAUUUUUUAUGAAAAUAACUUAGUGAAUGAUAUUAAUUAUUUUGAAGAUUCAUUGCCACAUAUUAAUUUUUAUUUAAAAUUUCAAAAUAAGCGAUUUUUAGAAUCUUUUUUUGAUGAUGUAAAAAAUAAAAAUGAAAUGUCCACAUCUAAUAUAGAAGUAACUGAUAACGAAGUACAAUUGUGCGAACUAAAAAAUAACAAAAAUGAUAAUGGUGAAGUGUUAAAAGAUGACAAAAAUGAUAAUGGCGAAGUGUUAAAAGAUGGCAAAAGCGAUAAUGGCGAAGUGUUAAAAGAUGGCAAAAGCGAUAAUGGCGAAGUGUUAAAAGAUGGCGGGUUUUAUGUUGAUAAUGAUUCAGAAAUAGAAUGUUAUUUUGAAAAUAUUCAAAAAAAAUAUAAGGACACAACAAAUUCGAUUACUAACAUUACUGAAGAAAAAGACAUUACUGAUUAUUUAUUUUUAGAAAAAAAUCAAGAAUUCACAAAACAAGCAAAUAUUAUCUUUCAAAAAAAUAAAGAAAAAUUUAUAUUUAGCAUUGAAAGGGGUAAUAUUAAUUGUAUUUGUGAUAAAGGAAAUAAUUGCUCAGAUUGUCGAUCUAUUUGUGAUGAUAAUAGUGAAAUUAUUCUUAAAGAAAUAUGUUUUUUGUGUAAUAAAAAAAAAAAAAUAAAUAAAACCCUAAGUAGUAUUAAAAUAUAUGUAUGUUAUGAUUGUAAAUCUACUGAUAGUAACUUUCGAAUGAUAUCAUUAACAAAAUUAAUAAAUAAAUAUUCUAUAAAUAAUAAUGAUUUAAUAAAACAUGAAAAAAAAUUAGCACUCUUAUCAACAAAAAAUCCACGAGGUUAUUCAAAAAAUAUGAAAUUAUAUUUUUUAUUUCAAAUAAAAGAAAUAGCCAUUAGAAAAUAUGGAUCAUUACAAAAAGUAAAAUGUUUAUAUAAUUCAAAAAUUUUAAACAUAAAAAAUGUUACUACCAAUAGUAGUAGUAAUAAUAAUAAUGAUAAAGAAAAUUGUCUAAAACUAGAAAAAAAAAAAAAGAAAAAAAAAAGUCUACAUAAAUAUAAAAAAGCAAAAACAAUUUAUAGUAAUGAUUAUAUUAAAAAUAUGGAAAAAAAUAAAAUUAUUUGUCAAGAUAAUAAACAUGAAUUUGAUAAUCCAAUUUGUAUAAAUACUGAUGAUAAUAUAUAUAUUAAAAAAUGUAUAAAAUGUCAGUAUGAACUUGAAUUUAUUGAUUUUUGA